AUGACCGGCCUCAACGACUCCCCCUCCCCCUUCCUCAAACGCCUCGCCGUGCCCGGCGUCUGCCUGCUGAUCGCCUUCCUCGCCUACACCUCUCAGCUCCUCUUCCACCUCGCCGGCGACUCCCUCGCCCCCGGCCGCCUCUCCCGCUCCGAGACCUACGUCUUCAACGCCUUGCUUCUCUGCCUCUGGUACACCUACUACAAGUCCUGCACCGUCGACCCGGGCCGCUAUGUCUUCCGCGACUCUAUAAUCGAGGUCCCAGAGCCCGACGAGUACGGCCUCGUGCGCCGCUGGUGCAAGAAGUGCGCCGCCCCGAAGCCCCCACGCGCCCACCACUGCCGGCACUGCGCACGCUGUAUACCACGUAUGGACCACCACUGCCCUUGGACCGCGAACUGCGUCUCCCUCACCACCUUUCCACACUUCCUCCGCUUCCUCCUCUACACGAAUCUCUCCCUCUGGUACCUCGCCCGCCUGCUCUUCGUCCGCUUCGCCGCCAUCUGGGAAAACCGCCUGCUCCCGUCCUACCUCGGCCCCUCCCUCCCUGUCCUCGUACACCUGACGGUCCUUUCCCUCGUAUGCUUUUUCACCUGUUUUGCCCUCGGUAUCCUCCUCUUCUCUACCCUCCGCAGUUGGGUCCUCAACGAGACUAUGAUCGAGGGCUGGGAGCUCGACCGCCACGCCGCCGUCUGUGACCGCCGCGACCGCCUGGACGGGUCCGCGGGGGAGUUCUGGACCAUCGCGGGCCCCGACGGGAAGAAGAUGCGCUUCGGCAAGAUCGAGUUCCCGUAUGACGUCGGCAUCUACGCGAACCUCUCGCAGGCUAUGGGCACCUCGAACCCGCUGCUAUGGCUGUUUCCCUUGGCAGGCAACCCGGACACAAACAAGGAUGGGAAGGGCGUGGGCUGGGAGUGGCCGGAGAACGGGUUGAACCACAAGGAGGGCAUGUGGCCGCCGCCGGACCCGGGCAAAGCGCGUCACUCUCGGCUGGGCGGCUGGCCUGCGGCACGAGACUCCGAGAGCAUACGGGUGCCGCGGUAUGGGAGUAAAGAAGAGGAGCUCGGGGCGUUCAAGACGCGGCAGGAGGCGGACUUGCGGCGGUGGCAGGGUCAGCGGUCACGGCUGAUGGCCGAGUUGGAGGAGGUGGACGAGUACGACCUCAUGGACAACGAAUCCGACGACGACAGCGGGUAUGAGCAGGGCGCAGACGGAGAACCCGGGUGGACAAACACCGACGGUGAGCGUUUACAAGACUUUGGAGUUGACGAGGACGAGGACAUGACUGACGAGGCUGACGAUGACGUGCCACUUGCCGAGUUGCUGCGCCGGAGAAAAAUCUUGCAAAGGGAUGGAGAGGAGUAG